AUGUCGCUUGGCCUUUAUUUAAUCGUAGCAGGUACGUUAAUUACCGGAGCUGCUAAUUCAUUAUUCACCAAAUAUCAAGAUAAUCAAUGUGUACACAAUUGUAACAAUCCUGAUUUAUCAACGCAUAAAUACUUUGAGCAGCCGGCAUUACAGACAUUGCAAAUGUUUAUUGGGGAGUUUAGUAUGUAUAUUGUCUUUUGGUUGAUUUAUAAGCGAAACAGUAGAUCCAGAUCCCAAUAUGUUGCAUUAGAAGGUGAUGAAGAGGUUGAAGUGAAAGAAACUUCGAUUUUCCAGAAUUUGAAAUUGGCAAUUCCGGCAAUUUGUGAUUUAUGUGGUACGACAUUACUUAAUAUUGGGUUAGUUUAUACUCCUGUUUCUAUUUAUCAAAUGACAAGAGGAUCAAUUGUAUUAUUUGUGGCUAUUCUUUCGGUAAUAUUUUUGAAAAGACAUAUUAGUAAACUUGAAUGGAUUUCAUUAUUUUUCGUAACGUUAGGAGUUGGACUUGUUGGAUUAAGUGGAUCGAAACAUUCUGAAGCUAGUGAUUCAUUGGAUGAGACUGGGGCAUUGAUCAUAUUUGGGAUUUCAUUGAUUGUGAUUGCUGAAAUCUUACAAGCAUUCCAGUUUGUAGUUGAAGAACAUAUUUUGGAAAAACACCCAAUAAUUCCAUUACAAUUAGUUUAUAUUGAGGGGUUCUUUGGUGCUUCGAUCCUUUUGAUAGUUAUGGUUUUUUUAAAUUUCAUAAUUGGAUCUAUUCAAUCUCCUGAACAAUUCCAAACAUCACCAUUUAAUUUACAAGAAGCAUUUUCACAAGUGAUUUUUAAUCGACCAAUUUUAAUUUCAUCAAUUUGUAUUAUGAUUUCAAUUGCCGCAUUUAAUUAUUGUGGGUUGUCAAUUACUCAUCAGGUGUCUGCAACAGCAAGAUCUACCGUGGACACCUGCAGGACCUUGUUAGUUUGGAUAGUUGCCAUAAUUAUGGGAUGGGAAUCAUUUUAUUGGUUGCAAUUUAGUGGGUUUGCCGUAUUGGUGUUUGGAACAUUAUGUUUUAAUGGGGUGUUGAAACCUGAAGAAUGGUCGUUUAUUCCACAAUGGUUAAAGAGCGAUUUUGAUCCAAGUCAAAGGUUAAUCGAUGUGGUUGACGAAAUUGAUGAACCUAUUGAAAGAAUGUAA